GUGGGGCGACAGAGAGGAAGGAGAAAAAAAAAACCUUAACCAUCAUCAAUGCUCCGGCGGUACGGGGUCACGAACUAUGACCUUUAACAGAAGAAAACCAAAACAAAUAUUUUAUAAAAUAUCAGAGAGCUCCUAGUCCGUGACCGCAGUCUCCCGAAGACCUGACUAAUGACCUUGCAUCAUAAAAGCAACCAGCCUGAAUCUGCUCUCUCAGCAGAAAAUGGACUCUGAGCAUGAGGCUGAGGCGUCGUCCCCUCCCACAGAGUCAGCGAUGAGUGCAUCUCCGCAGCAUUUUCAUGUUAUCUCUACGGAGGCAGCUUCAACGCCACAGAGAAUACAGAUUGUAACUGACCAGCAGACAGGUCAGAAGAUCCAGAUAGUGACAGCGAUGGACCCGUCCAGUGCUCCUAAGCAGCAAUUCAUCCUGACUACCGCUGACAGUUCAGGGGCAGGCAAGGUUAUCCUGACCUCACCAGACAGCCAUAACACUAAGCAGCUCAUUUUCACUGCUGCAGAGAGUCUGAUGCCAGGAAGGAUACAGAUUGUCACAGAUCAAGUGUCAAUGGAAAGACUCUUGGGCCAAUCUGGGGACUUGAGCCGGCCGCAGCCUGUGGAGUAUUGUGUGGUGUGUGGGGACAAGGCUUCAGGUCGUCACUAUGGAGCAGUCAGUUGUGAGGGAUGUAAAGGCUUUUUCAAGCGAAGUGUGAGGAAGAACCUGACAUACAGCUGUCGCAGCAAACAGGACUGCGUCAUCAACAAACACCACCGCAAUCGCUGCCAAUUCUGUCGGCUCAGGAAAUGCCUUAUGAUGGGGAUGAAGACCGAUUCUGUGCAGAGUGAGAGAAAGCCCAUUGAUGUAGCUCCCAGAGAGAAGCAUGCCAACUGUGCUGCCUCCACUCAAAAGAUCUACAUUCGCAAGGAUUUAAACAGUCCACUAAUCGCCACGCCUACAUUUAUCUCUGAUACAGAGACAGAUGGCUCAAGAUCUAGCCUGCUGGACCAGGGGAUGCUGGUUAAUAUACAGCAACCGGUCAUCCAGAGUGAUGGAACUUUGCUGCUGGCAACUGACACAAAGCUGGAGUCUGGUCAGGGGGACCUGGGCACACUGGCCAAUGUGGUGACAUCAUUAGCCAACUUGAAUGACUCACUUAAAGAAAACUUAAACAAUGGAGAUACUCCUGACAGCCAACACGAGGAGCAGUCUGCUAGUGAGAUAACACGUGCCUUUGACACAUUGGCUAAAGUCUUCAGUCCACCUGAAGCUGGGGUUGGACAGAGCCCGGCAGAUAAAGCCCAGUGUGUUGGAGGAACAAUUCAGUUGAUUGGUCGAGACCAGGAAACUCCGAUCAUUGAGGUGGAAGGACCUCUGCUCACAGACAACCAUGUCGGCUUCAAGCUCACUAUGCCGAGCCCUAUGCCUGAGUAUCUGAAUGUACAUUACAUCUGUGAGUCAGCGUCCAGGCUUCUGUUCCUGUCCAUGCACUGGGCGCGCUCCAUCCCGGCCUUUUCAGCCCUUGGUCCGGAGGCGAACACCAGUCUGGUGCGUGCCUGCUGGAAUGAACUUUUUACACUAGGUCUGGCUCAGUGCGCGCAUGUGAUGAACCUGUCCACCAUCCUCGCUGCCAUCAUUAACCACCUACAAAGCAGCAUCCAGGAUGACAAGCUUUCAGGAGAGAGGGUGAAGCAAGUGAUGGAGCAUAUCUGGAAGUUCCAGGAGUUCUGUAACAGCAUGACGAGACUGGAGACCGACAGCUAUGAAUAUGCCUACCUGAAGGCGAUCGUGUUGUUCAGCCCUGAUCACCCAGGUGUGGACAGUGGUGGGCAGAUUGAGAAGUUCCAGGAGAAAGCUCUAAUGGAGCUGCAAGACUACGUGCAGAAAACGUAUCCAGACGACACCUACAGGUUGACCCGGAUCCUCACUCGCCUCCCUGCCCUCCGCCUCAUGAACUCCACCAUCACAGAGGAGCUCUUCUUCACUGGCCUAAUAGGUAACGUCUCUAUUGACAGUAUCAUUCCCUAUAUUCUCAAGAUGGAGACAGCCGAGUAUAACAGCCAGGAGUCGGACCCUGCAGAAUGACACCGCAUCCACUCCUAAAAGUAAAUAAUUACAGACGCCCUGGUACAUUAAACUGCAGUAGCUCCUUGUUUUCUGAAGAUGCACGCUGCAAAGUCAUUCAGGAAUCCUUGGUAGUUUACCAGUCUGACAUUGGAAAACCAAGAUGACACUUAGAAUGUUUUCUCUCCUCUGAUGCAGUUUGAAAACCCUUUCUGAGCUAAACUCAGCUGCUUUGAACCUAAUGGUAAAAGACUUUGUUGUGGCUGUACCAAACUGCUCACCUUCAAGCUCAUUACAUAUGAACUUUACACUUCAACCUAAACCUUUAUUCUGUGGUCAUAUUCUAAAUGUUUCAUGCAUCUUACUGUGUGUUCAGCACAUAUUUUAUGACUAGCUUAUAUUGACCAUCUCAUGUAAGAUGUACUAACACAGUUCAGAAUAUAAAGUUGUGAUUUUUCAGCAUACUUUUUUAUAUAUGGACGGUGCAGGAACUUGUUCUAUUCUGUAUUCAGAUGGACUAGUAUAGCAUACAGCUACUAGACGGUGCGUUCUUGGCUCAAAUUAACCAGUCAAACUGACCAUAAUGUCUUUUUUUACCGAAUGCCACAUCAGAGAUUUGAAGUUUGAUCUUUAUGUGUAGUUAUUUGUGUUAUCAUGAAUAUGUUGUUUUCUUAACCUGUGCAAUCUCCUCCUCAUCUUUCCCCCAACGACAAUCAAUUAUUUUAUUUCUUCCUAUUUUAUGUGUAUUUAUCUCUGGCAAUUAUUUCUAAUAUGAAAUUUGCUUACCCUUAAAAUUAGGGUUCAGAAAGGUUACUUGUGUGUAGCUAAGCUACUGGUUUUGUACUUGUUUGCAUCUGUAUUUGUAUUUUGCUACGUGCACAUCAAUCAGCUUUUGUGGAGGUCCUCUGCUUUCAUGCUGACUAAAACUUGUGUUUUGUAUGUUUACUUAAAACUUUCAAUUUGUUUUGAACAAAUUUGCUUGUUUGAUACUAAGUGUACUUAAAGUAUUUUGGGGCAGGUUUCCCUGAUUUAAAAAAAAAAGAGAGCGAGGGUGAGAGAUCUUGUUGGGAAGAAAAACAUUGUUAAGUGUGGUAAUGUCCUGAAGAGCAUGCAGAGAAAUGCAUCCUCACUGUAAAAAAGGUUUUGCAUCCACAGCAACAUUAACACAACUGAUAAAUGAAGCAGAUGUAAAACAAAAGAUGAUUCAUCCAUUAGUCUGUUGAGGGUUGAAGUUUGCUGGAGCCUCUCCCAUUUGUCCUGGGCCCAGAGGUUGCCAGUAAACCAGAGGCAGUGAUCAAGUGUUGUGAAUUAUGUGUUGGUUGUAAUGUUUAAGUUAAAUCCACACAGGCUGUUUGUGGAGGCAUUGAUGUGAAAUGAGCUUUGUACAUGUAAUUUCAUUAAAAUGAGUGCAUGAUGUUUUUAAGCAGGGUUUUAUAAUCUUGUUGCUGUCGGCCCUAAGAGGGAGCUUUGUUAACAUUUUAUAGUGCAUUGCAGUGCAUGAAGUAGCUUAAGUGCAUUUUACUAAAUGCUGUAUUAGAAUUUCAGAUUUAAAUGCUGUGGCUUUAAAAUAUUUACUAUUACCAAGAGCAGCUCCCACAUUAGAACUUAUUAGAACAUAAGAGAUUGUGGUUUUCCAACUUUGUGGACUGAAUAUCCCAUGGUUACAGUUUUAUAUGUCAAAUGUAUUUCUUCAAAUAAUCGUCAUGUUCUGUUCAAGUUUGUCACAAACCUACAUUUCUACCUCACAUGGCGUUAAAAAAACAAAUGUAAUACUGACCUCCCUGUACCUGCAUUCCAGUGUCUGAGGCCGCAUAUUAAUGAAGAAAUAAAAAGAAAAAUUUUUUUAUGAAACGUUA